UGGACCCAAAUAGGUGUGUGUGGGGUCGGGGGGAGACCUGCGGGCCCAGCUUCCCAGCUAGACAGCAGCCGUUUCUAAACAUACGUCCCAACCUUCUUUAGCAAUUGAGCAUCUCUGGGCCCGAGAAGCACCUUCGCCUCCCGACCGCCUAGUCUGGCACCCUGGUCUUCACCGAACUCGACUUCCCGUUGACGCCACACCGGAGACUUCCGGUUGCCGGCCUUGGGGUUAAACUGCCUAACGCGGGGGCUGCGAGUCCCCUGGGCUCCUGCGGGAUUCUGAUGGAGGAGCUAUUUCUGCGAGGACACAGCAGGAGGGCGCCGCUGCUGGUCGGGGCAGGUUGUGAAGACCGGGGUGGCGCGGCGCACCAAGGCCUGUAUUUGAGGAAUUAGACCUUUUGAGCACCAUUUGCUACCCAGUUGGCAUUUGCUGAACAACUACUUCGUGCAUGGCCCUCUAAUGGGCUAGAGCGAGUCAACAAGAUCUGUAUUCGCAGACGCUUUACACGACAGACUGUAAAGAAACUAGAACUGUAUAGGAUGAGGUGCUGAGAAAUGAACAAGACUGGGACUAGGCUGAGGCAGUUCUUCAGACUGUCAUCAUGGGUAUCCGAGGACUAAUGAGUUUCGUGGAAGAUCACAGUAAUGAGUUCUUCACUGAUUUGAAGUUGCGGGACACAAAAAUUAUCAUUGAUGGCUAUGCUCUUUUCCACCGACUUUGCUUCAAUUCAAAUUUGGAGCUUCGGUAUGGAGGGGACUAUGAUUCUUUUGCAGAGGUUGUAGAAAACUUCUUUGAAUCACUGUUUGCUUGUAAUAUAUGCCCGUAUGUUGUAUUAGAUGGAGGAUGUGACAUUUCAGAUAAAAAGCUUAUAACUUUAAAGGAUCGAGCUAGAGAGAAGAUUCAGAUGGCCCAUUCCCUAUCUAUUGGUGGGGGUGGGUGUGUGUGUCCCUUACUCAUCCGUGAAGUGUUCCUACAGGUUUUGAUCAAGCUGCAAGUAUGUUUUGUCCAGUGCUUUUCAGAAGCAGAUCGGGAUAUUAUGACACUUGCCAAUCACUGGAAUUGCCCUGUGUUAUCAUCAGAUAGUGACUUUUGCAUUUUUGACCUGAAAACAGGGUUUUGUCCAUUGAAUGGCUUCCAGUGGAGAAAUAUGAACACUAUUAAGGGCACACAAAACUACUAUAUUCCUGCCAAAUGCUUUUCCCUUGAUGCACUCUGCCAUUACUUCAGCAAUAUGAACAAAGCUCUACUACCUCUCUUCGCAGUACUGUGUGGGAAUGACCAUAUUAAUCUGCCCAUCAUAGAGACAUUCUUAAGUAAAGUACGCCUUCCUCUUAGAGCUACUAGUUCUAAGGGAAGGAGACACCACCGAGUUCUGGGACUUCUGAACUGGUUGUCUCAUUUUGCUGACCCUACUGAAGCACUAGAUAAUGUUCUGAAAUACCUCCCAAAAAAGGAUCGAGAAAAUGUUAAGGAACUUCUCUGCUGUUCCAUGGAGGAAUACCAGCAGUCCCAGGUGAAGUUGCAGGACUUCUUCCAAAAUGGUACUUAUGUUUGUCCAGAUGCCUUGAAUCUCGGUUUACCAGAAUGGGUACUAGUGGCUUUAUCCAAAGGCCAGCUGUCUCCUUUCAUCAGUGAUGCUCUGGUGCUAAGACGGACCAUUCUUCAAACACAGGUAGAAAACAUGCAGCGACCAAAUGCCCACAAAAUAUCUCAGCCCAUCCGGCAAGUUAUCUAUGGGCUUCUUUUAAAUUCUUUGUCACAUGUAGAAAACAUGUCCUGGAGUGCCUUGCCUCAUCAGCCUCUAGCUUUCAGUGAAGUAGAAAGGAUUCAUCAAAACAUCAAAACAUCAAUUGUUCAUGCAGUAGAACUGCCCAAAGAUCAUUCUGAUUUGAGCAAAUUGACCAAGAAACCACAUGGGUUACCAUGUUAGUUGUUAGCAGUGGACAGAACACCUCUCAAGUUAAAACAGGAGGUUGUUAAUCACAAGGAGACAUGGAAGUGGAUCAUUCUUGGUGUAUGAGGCAGUACCAAGAUCAGCCUCUUUCUGGAUACUUCUGCCUCUCCUGUGGCAGCUUCUGCAGGCCUGUACUUUCACUCCCCAAGGGAAAGGGAAAGGAGUUGUCACAUGCAAUAAAAUCUAAGGAGCUUUAAAGGGCUAUGAGCACAGUAGUUUCCUUUUUGGAAG